AUGAAGGGCCAUGAGCCUUCACUGGCCCUUGGUGCCGAGCGUGCUCGGGCCGCGAGGCGCCGGACGGGCCGCAAGACCAAGAUCAUCGACAUGAUGCCGGGAAUUCCAGAGAAGUUCAGUUCCAUCAAGAACCCUACAAGAGUGGAAGAAAUUCUCUGUGGUCUUAUUAAAGGAGGGGCUGCCAAAUUGCAUGUAAUUGACAACUGUAAACUGGUUUCAGAUGAAUGUCGAAAAAAGUUAUUGCAACUAAAGGAAAAAUAUUAUGCAAUUGAAAUUGAUCCUCAUCUCUCCAUAGAACAGAAGAGCCCUUAUAUGGUUGAAUGGUAUACUAAAUCACAUGGUUUGCUUGUUGAACAAGCUAUUCCGAAAGAUAAACUCAGAGAAAUUGUGGCAGAAUCUGACAUUAUGCUCAAGGAAGGGUACGAGACUUUCUUUGAUAAGCUCCAUGAACACAGCAUCCCUCUGUUCAUCUUUUCGGCUGGAAUCGGUGAUGUAUUAGAGGAAGUGAUCCGGCAAGCUGGUGUUUAUCAUUCAAAUGUCAAAGUCGUCUCCAACUUUAUGGAUUUCGAUGAGACUGGAGUGCUCAAGGGAUUUAAAGGAGAAUUAAUUCAUGUAUUUAACAAACAUGAUGGGGCCUUGAAGAACACAGAAUAUUUCACUCAGCUAAAAGACAAUAGCAACAUAAUUCUACUUGGAGAUUCCCAAGGAGAUUUGAGGAUGGCAGAUGGAGUAGCCAAUGUUGAACACGUUCUAAAAAUCGGCUAUCUGAACGACAGAGUGGAUGAGCUCCUUGACAAGUACAUGGACUCUUACGACAUUGUUUUGGUAAAGGAUGAAUCUCUGGAAGUUGCCAACUCUAUCUUACAGAAGAUUCUGUAAAUACGCAUUUUUCAAGGAGACCUAUUUCGUUUAGGUGCAGUUGAUGGCAAGAACUCUUCGCUCAUCAGUUCAUCUUGCUGAAAGACUCUUAUUUAUGGUAUGAUCUGGCUCUUAAGUUUUUCAUUCUAUUACUGACAUAUUUUUCCAGACAUGUUCAACUUAAUGAACUGGAAACUCUGCACACCCCAACACACUCCUUACCACAUUUUUUUUUUUAAAUAGAUUAAAAGGAAGUCUUAAAGCCAAAGUUUCAAAAAUAACUCCUUAUGUUUUCAGGUGAAUUUCAUAGUUUAAUGUGAUCAGAAGUUUUUUGAUGAGUCUUUUUACACUGUAAAAAGCUUAUAGAAGUUUUAAAAGUUUGAUGAAAGGUUUGGUUUAAAAAAAUACUGCCCUUUUUGGUAAUUGGAUGAGUUGUGCUAAUGAUCACC